AUGUUGCGGCGAACAAGGAGAGCUCCAACAGCGUGUUCUUGGUGCCACCAACGCAAAGUGCGCUGUGAUGCAUCCAUCCUAGGCUCUCCGUGUACCAGAUGUCGACAAGACGGUCGCAGAGAAUGUGUCCUUCGCGCUAAGACUAAACAACCUCUGAGCUCGGAAGAUCCAGCUCCUCCCGCACAUCAAAAUGCAGGCCCAAACGGAAUUAAAAGGGCCCGACACAAUAUGGGCCAGCCAACUGGUCAACGACCUAGCUCGCACAUCCGCUCACCAGAUAACUUCUCAGACAGCCAUGGUACAAGCCCACCUUCACGCUGUCCCAAUGUGCUACAUACAGAAUACAGCUUUGUGGACUCUCAGCAAUUGCGCUCUCUCCCUUCAGAGGAUUUGUUGUUCCUCGCAUCCAAAGAUUGCUUGACGUUGCCAGGCCCCGACGCCAUCGAUGAGUUUGUGGAACAAUAUUUCAAGCGCAUUCACCCAUCAGUGCCUGUGCUAGAUGAGGCAAGUUUUUGGAACGUCUAUUCAAGCAAUCAGCCGUCGGGAUCUAAAAUAUCUCUCUUCGUGUUGCAAUCACUGCUUUUCGCAAGCUGUCCACUUGUGUCAUUGGACACAUUACGCCAGUGCGGGUUUAAAGAUAGGAGGGACGCACGAAAACAGCUUUACAACAGAGCCAAGCUGCUAUUCGAGCUCAGAACCGAAAAGCGAUCACAUGCAAAUGCGCAAGGCGCUGUCCUCCUUACUCACUAUACCUCCGCGGCCGAUCCACAGGCUGGAAGCCUUUGGGUCACACGGGCGAUUGAACAUGCCAUGCUCAUCGACGCCCAACCAUCUCUGUUGAUGGAGGAUGUGUCAUUAUCACUUAAGAAGCGGCUUUGGUGGUCGAUUCUGCUCCGUGACCGGAGUCUCUGUAUCGGCCUGCGCCGCCGACCUCAAGUGACCUCGAUCAACUUUCAGGGAUGGAGUGACUGGCUAAGCGCGGAUGAUUUCACCGAAGAGAUGCAUCAGUCUCGAGUCUAUGAUUAUGAUACGAAGAGGCGUCUUUUCGCGGCCCUUCAGAAGCAAUGCGAGUUAGCAGUGCUGCUUACAGACCUUGUGUCGUUGGCCUUUAUACCGAAAAGGACACCUCGACGGUUUUUGUCGAUGGCUGAAUUCCAAGGUCUCCUUUCGAGGAUAAAAACGAUCAAAAAGUCACUGGACGAGUGGAAGAAGCCUGCUCAGCCGCUGAUGUCACCGCACAAGUUGUCAACAUCGGAAGGCAGUGACGCUGUUGCGACAUUGACAUACUUGACAUAUAUGUACUACUACGCUGCACGAGUCGAUCUAGCACAAUAUUCAGCAUUUAUACUCGAGGAGAACCUGUUCUACGCCGGAGACAAAUACAGUACUAUGAUUCUAGACAUCGGCAACGAUUUAAGGAACGGCAUUGACGGGCUAAGUCUUGUGAUGGAACAUUUUAGUGUUAAUGGACACGCCGGUGACCUUCCUCUGAGUGUGCUUGGGUAUGUCAGCAUGCCCCUCGUGCUGGCGGCUAUCAACCUCAAACUCUCACCUUCGCGAGAAGAGAUGGAGAAAAGGCAAAAACGUUUGAGCUCCCUGAGCCAAAUAAUCCGACACUCGGAGGCACUUUACGAUGUCACUGAUUUUGUCGCCAUUGGCACCAACCACAUCUUACAACUCGCCUAUGCAACGACACAGAAUCUCUUCUUAGAGGAGAAGAAACCACAACUAUUCCUCCCUCAAACCGAAACAAAUAACUCCCUAUCGAGCCCUGGAGUUCAGUCCAACACCAGCGUCUCUAUGUCCUUUAAGCCCGCCAAGCCGAGUAGCUGGCAAGAGGCAUUUAUUCGGUGCCCAAGGGCAUACCUGUUAAUAUCAACAUGUGUGGACUACAGCUUGGCAAUUGGUCGGCUACCAUCCGCCAGUAGCCUCCCCGAAAUCGUUCGCGACCUCCCAGCCAUGGGCGUGAUCGCCCGACUCCCCUGGACAUCCGAAAUUCCCACGUUGAACAGCGGAAGCCCAUUCUCAAGCCAAGUCCAUCGCCAACACCACCCCGCAUACGCACGUUCCUUCUCCGCCGAUCGGAGGGAUUCACCGGGCGCCGUAACGAUAGACACCGAGUCGGAGCAAAGUCCUCCCCAACACGCGGUCCAGAUGAACUACGUCCCAUCACCAGAGCGGUACUCGCAUUACCCCGCAACGCCCCCGAUGAUGACCGAGCAGCAGCUGCAAUACAUCAGCGGAGUAUCCGGUCAAGCAUCCUAUGAGGACAGCGCACCGAACCUGGACUUUAUGGCUUUACCAGAGUGCCAAGAUAUACCUGAGAACAUGACCGAGACUUGUGUUUUCAAGAUACCACUGGAGCUCAUGGGCGAGACAGAGAGCCAUCCCCUGGACCAAUCGAUGCUUGAUGGCUACGGAGCGAAUACAGCGUUGCCUCCGGCGAUCAAGGCGAUUGAGUCGACGCUCUUUGACUCCUUUUUCCACGAAGCAUUUGAGCAGAAUUGGGCUGUUUCAUAG